CAAUUUUACUAUAUUUUUAAUCAAAUAAAUACAGCUUUGGUGAGCAGAAGAGACUCUUUCAGAAACAUUAAAACAUCUUACUGACCCCAAACUUUUAUUUUUAGUUAAGUGUAACAGACUGACAUCUACUCUUUGAUGGAUGUUGAUGGACAUGUUUUAGGUGUUACUGGACAUAUUUGCUUUAUUUCAGAAUAACUGGCAAGUUUGACCUUUAAUGUACAUGUAAAGCCCAAAGAGACUCAUUUGAGACUGAAGCGUUGUGUUGAGACAAACAUGAGUCUCCUGAGACGCAAUUACUGAAACCAUCACAAACAGACUCGCUCAGAUCAAAUCACUUCAUACAGAAUCAGAUCUCAGAUCUACAGUGUCGAGUAUAUGAAUCAUGGACUUCAGUGGAAGCUGGAAACUGUGUGAACAGGAGAAUCCAGAGGCGUUCCUCAGAGCCAUAUCGGCUCCAGAGAUUUACAUUAAAAUGAUGAAAGAAGUGAAACCUGUGACAACGAUUCAGCAAAACGGAGAUGAAUUCAGCAUCUGUGUGAAAACUCCCCUCAGGAGCAACACAAACACCUUCACCAUCGGCACCGAGGCCGAGUUCAACACCAUGGACGGCAAGAAGAUCAAGGCAACAGCUCGACUCGUCGAUGGAAAGAUUGUGAUUGAAUCGGAUAAAUUCACACACGUGAGGGAGAUCCAGGGCGAGGAGAUGAUCGAGACACUCACAGCUGGAAGUGCGACUCUCAUCCGGAGGAGCCGGCGCGUUUAACAUAGUUCAAUAAACUUAAGAUAUAAUAAACUUUUAAUCUUUUAAAAAAAAAAAAAAUUAAUCUUUUUACUGUCUGAUGCAGUUAGAUCCAGGCAGAUGAAGAAGUUGAUGAAACAUUUUAUUUGGUUGAAUAAAGAAUAAAAAUUAAAUAAAUUAAUAAUCAAUAAAGAAUAAAUGAUAACCUACUUUUAAUAAUUGAGUAUUGAGUACAAUGUUGAAAUAAAAUAAACUUGAGUCUAACAACAAGUCUAAAGUCACACACACACACACACACACAUGUAUAGCCUAUAUACUGUAUAUGUGUGAGUGUGUGUGUAAAAAUGUAAGAAAAACUUACAUUCCCCCUAAAGGUCUGUUCUGGUCUGAUAGAGUGAUUUAUUGUGUCACAGUGAUAUAUUUAUUGUUAGGAGGGUCAUGACUGUUGCAAGAUAGACUCAAACAGAUAAACAAAGUGUGGUUUUAACACCUUUGGAACAAAAUAAAGCGAAUUUUGCGCUUUUCUUAUAUCUUCAUCGUAAUUUUGUAGUAAA